AUGAUAUGGUUAGAAUACAGUAGCAGUGGUGGUAGUAGUGCUAGUAUCAGCAGUAGCAGUGGUUUUAUUAGUAGUCCUAUAAUUAAAAAAGUAAAACUACCAGUUUCUGAUCAAUAUGCUUACUUUUCAGAAAAUAUCUGUAGUUUAAUAGUUGGUGUUUUAAUAGAAUAUGAUGGCCAAUUGAGGGUUAGAACUUUAAAUGGUUGGGAAAGCCCAGUAACAUAUUUAAACGAAACUAUGGCAUUAUUCAAUAUUCCACAUAGAGUACCAGUUGGUAGUAGCGUCUCGGUUUCAUUUCAAGCUUUUGAUGACUCUUUUAACCCACAAAUGACAUGGGACUUUGACAAUUAUGCCACUCUUAGUUGUGAUCCAGUACCAAAUAAUCUCAUAAUGACUCCUAAACAAAAUAAAUGGCAAUUAGUAUAUGAUAUAUAUAGAAUGAUGUACUGGAUAAAGGCUUUUGAAGUUAAUGAGCUUACCAAAUCUCUCCCAUAUGAUGCAUUUACUUGUACCGUUCCACAGAAUUUCCAAUGCAGUUUCUCUGAAUUUUUUAAUGGUGCUAAAAUUAAAAAUUAUUUGGCCCAGGUUAUUAUUAUAACACCAGGACCAUUCACUCCAUUUAAUGUUGUCAUUAAGGAUGCUUAUGGAAGGGUAUUACAUUCAAGUGCUUUCGAUGGAAUUCAAGCUCCAUUCAAUCCAUCUUUAGUAGUUGCAAGUUCACAAAUGUAUCCAGUGGCUGGUUCAACUGUAACAAAAAAAGAAAUGGUAAAUAGUGCAAUGUACAUUUUAAAUAUUUUAAACAAAAAUAACAUUUUAAAUAUUGCUUCCAAUUCUGACUAUAUGGUACAAAAUGCUAUCUUUCCAACCUUUGGUACUAUAGGUAAUGGAACUUAUAUUGGCUUCACCCCAGGAGGUUUAGGUUUUGAUUCUGCUACUUCACCAAUUACAUCACACAUUCAAAUUAUUGAUUCCCAAGGUGCAAAACGAGUAGGUGGUGACAGCUCUUUUAGUUUUAUUGAAAAAAAUUAUGAUACUAUUGCAGUAUAUUCAUAUUCUUUGGUAAUGGAAAAUGCUCAUAUUGGGGCAACAUUAAUUAAUGCAGAGGUAUAUGCUUCGUUAAAUCCCAACACAUAUAUUUCAAAUGAAAAUACCAUUUUUUAUAAACAGGUAGAUACCAGUUAUCCAUGGAGUUUUUCAUAUGGUACUAUUAAAUAUCAUAGGCUUUCAAGUUCAUAUAUUGCAUCACCAUAUAAGUCAGGUUCUAAUUUAGAGGUUAUUGUAAUAAGGGCAAAUCAAAGCCCCGAUACAUUCCCAAAUUCUAUUACAAAUUAUAUUGAAGAUAAAACAAACCCCUUUGUAAAAAAAGUAGAGUUGGUUGGAGUUCUCAAUGAAAAGGUAGUUUUAAGAGUUUAUGCAUCUGAUUCUGGAUCAGGUAUUGCUUAUAUUGAAACUGCAGGUUCAAGAAGAACAAGUUCAUCAGAUUUAGUUUACGGUACUAUUUUUGAUGGUGUGUUUGAAACUAUAUUAAGUUUUGAAUCUUACUAUCUCGGAAGAUCCCCAUCUGUGACUGUUUGUGAUAGAGCAGGUAAUUGUCAAGAUAUCUACUAUAAUAAACCAUUUUAUAACAUGGAGCUAGAAACUAUCCCCCUUUUCCCAUCAUACAAGUAUGUUUUAGAAAAUAAUAUUGACCCAUUCGAUUUCACAUCAUUCGAGUUUAAAUAUAAUGAUGUUGAUGUCUCAAAUGGUCCAUUUAAUAAUACUUUAUGCUUUAGAGUACCUAAUGCCGAUAAGAAUAUUAUACCACGUUUUGUUCCACUAUUCACACCUUUAAAUCCUGAAAGAGUAGAUCUUUUAAAUGGUAUACCAGGUGCAUAUGAUCAUACAAAAGGGUUGUAUUGUAUUAGCUUCCAGAUUCCAGCUAGAAUGUUCAGUGGUGAAUUAGACUACUACCUUCUUUUCUCACCAAAUGUCUAUGGUUCAUUCUUCCUUAAAUCAACUAUUGGUAAUGCAGCACAGUUAAGAGUUUUCUCAAGCUUUGCAGAUCAAAUGCCACCAAUUAUUACAGAGUUUACUGCUUAUCCAUCAAAUAUAGUCGAGAUAACUGAAAAUUCAAAUAUUGGAUGGAAUAUUAGAAUCGAAGAUUCACCAAAUGGUUUCAAAUCUGCCGAAUUCAAUAUUACAAGUGACUUUGAUUUAGAACCAUAUAUUAUUAGAAUAACACCAGCCAAUGCAAUAUCAGGUAAUGAAAACAGCGGUACCUAUCAAUUAAGAAUCCCAGUAACUGCUAGUACCUGUAGAUCUCAAACUUUUAGAAUUUCAUCUGCUUCAAUCACUGAUACCCAAGGUCAUUCAUCAAUAUUACCAUCCACUUCAAAUGUUAAUCCUUUAUAUAAAUUCUUAACAUCAUCACAGUUAUCAUUGGCUAUUACCUGUCCACAAGCUGCUGUCGAUAAUAUUCCACCAGUUUUAACAAAUUUCGCCUCAUCAGCUAAUACCAUCGAUGUCGGUACUCAUAAUGCUUUAAGAAGUUUAACUUUCACUUUCACUACAUCUGAUCCUGAAUCUGGUAUAUCUUCAAGACACAACCCAUACAUCUUCUUAAAUUCACCAACAUUCACCACUGUUAAACAAGUUAGUAAAUUAGUAUCAUAUGCCAUUGGUGUUGCAACAUAUUCAUGCACAAUUCAAUUACCAUACGGUUAUGGUUCAUACCAAGGUAUUCUUGUUUCAGUCUACGGUAUUGUUGAUAAUCAAUUAAACAUCAAUGGUUAUUCCACUACUGAUCUCCAAUCACUUGGUUUCCAAAGCACUAUUAAAGUAACCUAUUCAAACAAUCCAGUACUCGAUACCACCAGCGCCAUUAACUCUACUGGUACAUCAUUAGAAAUCUAUGGUCACAAAUUCGGUAUUGACUCCACUAAAAUUACUUUACAAGUCGAUUAUCAAAACGGUCAAGGUUGGAAAAACACACCACUUUCAUUAUUUUCAGGUAUUGUAGUAAUGACCAACAGCAUCACACCAACAUCCACACCAUUUUAUGUUCGUGUUAUUGUCGACGGUAUCACAUCAAAUUCACUUUUGGUUAUACCAUCCUUACCAGCAUUACCAUGUAGUUAUGUCGUCGAACAAACUAUUGUUUCUACUUGGAUCAAUUCAGAAAUAUAUCCAUUCCUUCAAGCAUCAAUUACUAUUAAAAAUACAGGAAAUAAAGCAUUAAAAUUAUUUAGUUUUAAAAUGGAUAAUAUAGAUCAAAUAUGGGGUGUAGAUACUGCAGGCAAUAGAUAUACUUUACCAUCAUGGCAUUCAACAAUUAACGCAUAUGAACAAUAUACUUUUGGUUAUAUUAUAAAAGGGACAACAGUUGGUGAGUUAAAAGAUAUUACAUUGGAAUGUUUAGUAUAA